AUGUUUGAAUUGAAGGAGCUUCAGGCCACAAUGCUGAGGUUAUUGGGUUGGCAAUAUUUGGCUACCAAACGCAUGAGAUGUGGCUAUGAGAGGCUGACAAGUUCGAGUCAAAAGAUGAUGAGGGAUGGAAGACGGUGUUGGGUGAAGUCUGUGAAUGGAAGAUUACGUGGCCUUAGGUUGUCACGGUGCAGGAAGUUUUCCGUAGGAGUUGUGUUGUUUUCAAGCAGAAUAGUAAGACUGUACACUGAGGUUGUCAACCGAAUGAGCAUGGAAAACAUAUAUCCUGCUGUAGUUCUCUCCACCCAGUGGGGUCUUCCCGUUCUCUCUCAUUCCUCACACCUGUGCAGAUCAAGGAGGACCAUCUCUCUUCACAGAAAACUCACCUUCUGCUAG